UAGAGUACGCCGAAGCGUCAUCCUCAAGUUAAUUUAGUGAUAUUUGAUAGGAAUUUCGCAGUUCGGCCACUGUUGAAAGCGAAAUGUUGUUUUUGGGAAGCUAGUGUUUGUUUUUACAUGUCUUUGGAGGCGGUUGUUACUGCGUGGCAAGCUGGCUGCGAGAGUCUCCUAUCUGGCCGCUUGGUCCCGCAGCUUGUCGAUGCUGAAGAAAAUAGAACCAGUUGCCAACCAAGCGGUCGGCACCCAACAUUUGCUCUGCGCGUCGCUGUAUAUUCGCUGAUGAUUCACAUUUAAAGUUUGAUUUACAGGGUGCUGACUUUUGCAGCUGCUUGGAUUUUGGCUUGUUUAUACGUUAAUGGUACAAUUGUUUUGCCGUAGACUUGGGUGGCUAACACCAACUAGCUAUAUAACCCGAACUCGUGCGACGACAGCUGUCAUUGGAGAAAGGAAAGUGAUCCCCACAAAUGUGUGUGCAAGUGAAGCGGUUUUCUGUUGGAUUUACAUCAUCUGCCUUUCCAUCAAAUGGGCAAAGUUGGGAAUAACAUUGCAACGUUGGAAUAUAAUGAUAUGCGUGAUGCAUUUUUGAGAACUGCGGUGUUGCUUCAUUGGAGAGAGGCUAGCUAGCUCCAUUAGCUUGCUAGCUAGCUGGGUGAUAAAAGUGCGACGUUUCAUCCCCCGGUAUUUUGGAUAUGAAGAGGAUACUUCGCUAUUCAUAGGGCUGGAAGAAUGUCAUCAGAGGAUAAGACUGUGGAACCCUCUGACCAGGGACCCUCACCGCCCUCCAGCAGUGUCGGGGCCACGUCCACAGGAAGUCCUGCCCACGCAGACAAACGACCACGUGGAAGGCCGCGCAAGGAUGCUGCUGUCAUCCUACCGCAGGCGCCACUCUCAUCCACGUCUAAGAACAAAAAGAAGGGUCGCACCAGAGGGAGGGUUGUUGUGGAUGACGAGGACAGCAUGGAUGGAACGGAGAUAACAGAGUCCAUAGGCCCUCAGGACACAGAUACAUCAAUUCAGCCAGAAGAAAGUAUGGAAGUGUUGGCCACUGAGGCGUCAGAGGAGGACAAGCCCUCUUCUCCUCGGGCCGACAGCCCCCCAGCCGACCCUUCUGCCGGAUCAUCUGUCCCAGCGAGUAGAGAAGACAAAAGCAGUGAGCGUCUCUGUGCCUUCUGUUACUGCGGUGGCCGUAGCCUGCUGGGUCAGGGGGAUCUGCAAGUAUUCAACACCACGCCUCAGCUUGAAGCACUCUUCAGCCACAAGGGUGGAGAAGGCUCGGCGAGCGAAAGCAGUGAUGGUGAAAAAACCACUCAGCCAAAAAUGGCCGGAGAGACCACCUCAGGACAGAGGGAAAAGACAAAUGGGUCUGAAGGCUGCGAGGAGGAACCAGACCCAGCCAGUCGAUUUUGGGAUGAACUUUCUCAUGUCGGCCUUCCACAAAAUCUUAACGUCCAGUCUCUCUUCGAGUCAGGGCAAUGCUGGGCACAUCAGAGUUGUGCCUUGUGGUCCGAGGGUGUUUGUGAGGGCGAGGGACAAUCUCUGCUUAAUGUGGACAGAGCCAUUGACUCAGGGAGCACAAAGCACUGUGCAUACUGUAAGCGCCUUGGAGCAUCCGUUAAGUGCUGUGCUGAAGGAUGUGCUCAACUCUACCAUUUCCCCUGUGCGGGGGCAGCUGGGACAUUUCAGGAUAUCAGGAGUCUCUCGCUACUCUGCCCAGAACACAUUGAACUGGCCAUUCACAAAUUUGUAGAUGAUGUAAAUUGCGCGCUGUGUGAUAGCCCAGGGGACCUACUGGACCAGCUCUUCUGCACCAGUUGCGGUCAGCAUUACCACGGGAUGUGCCUGGACAUGGCCGUGACCCCUCUAAGGAAGGCAGGUUGGCAAUGCCCUGAGUGCAAAAUCUGCCAGACAUGCAAGAACCCAGGAGAGGACACUAAAAUGCUGGUGUGUGACAUGUGUGACAAAGGCUACCAUACCUUCUGUCUGCAACCUGCUAUAGACACGCUUCCCACCAACGGAUGGCGAUGUAAGAACUGCAGAGUCUGCAUCCAAUGUGGAACACGAACCAGCGGGCAGUGGCACCACACCAGCCUGCUGUGUGAGAACUGCGUCCAAAACCAGGACCCGGCUCUGUGCUGUUCAAUGUGUGCCUGCAUCCUGGACCCUGAGCAUCACAAAGACUUACUCUUCUGCCAAACUUGUAAAAGAUGGCUACACCUGGAGUGCGAGCGUCAGAACUCAGGCCAAACAGACAUCCAACCCAGAGAGGACUAUGUUUGUUCCAACUGCAAGUGUCCUGCUGCAGAGCAGACGCUACAGGCAGAGGAUAUGGACACCGGCCCAGAGCUCAGCCCUCAGCCAGCCUCCAUGCACACAGACUCUGAGACUGGUCUACAGCUGGCUCUAAAGCACACAGACCUAGAACCUGGCACUGCGCGGUCUCCUGAAAUGCACAAUGACCCCAAACCGGAAUUACUUGCUGUUCCAUUGCACUCGGAUCCAGAGCCUGAUCAGGCUACCGUCCAGGAGGAGAAGCUGGCCACGUCAGCCCAGAAGCCUGAAGUCUCAGUGGGAGCAGACGUUGAGGAGCAGGUUACUGAACCGUCUGUCUACAAAAUCCUAACAGAAUUCAAACAAGAGACAGAACCAGCAGCGAGGACCCCACUUACAUCUUCAGAGAGUCCUUCGUCUUCACAGACUCCCAGCCAGGAGUCUUUUCCAGCCCUGCUCUCUAUGGAGGCACUACAGACACAGGGCGCCACGUUACAAAUCAAACCAGCAAAGACAGAGGCCUGCUCCGAGGAGGGCAUGGCCGACCCCAGCACAAAGGAUUUUAAGGCCAUCAUCUCAACCACCAAAGAACCGAGUACUGCAUCAGUACCUUUCACGGACCAACCAAUGGUAGUCUCGCUACUUCAGCCUUCGAGUAUGGAUGUAGUCAGGGCUUCGUUCCUGGAAUCUGCUCCAGAAGAACUUAACAAGGAGAGGACGGAGGGUGUUUUUCACAUGGCAGAGACUGUUGAGCCCUCAGCCUCUAGUACACCAGAAGAGAUGUACACUACACUGGAGAGCAAUCUGUCCUUUCCCGGCCUGCCUUCAGAGGACAAACCACUCAAGACAUCUGUGGAAAGGUUGGUGGAAAUGGUUUCCUCUCCUUGCCACUCGUCCCCCCUGGCUCGAGGGACAUCUCCCAGAGAACUACCCCAUACCCAGAUCGUAGCUUCAAUGGGUGACCACAGCUGUGUAAUACCCACCACCACCACCCUCAUACCACUCACCCCUAAGAUUGGAAUGGGGAAACCAGCCAUCACAAAGAGGAAGUUUUCUCCUGGGAGGCCACGGGUGAAGCAGGGUGCAUGGAGCCCCCAUAGCAGUGUGAGCUCUCCCUUGUCCUGGUCGCCAGACCAGCAAGAGGGGUGGGACGUCCCAAAGACCAGGCAGUCCUCUGGCAGCCCCAGCUGGAGCAUCAGAGUGGGUCGAGGCUCAGGCUUCCCUGGGAGGAGGCGGCCCCGAGGGGCUGGUCUGUCAGGCAGAGCAGGACGUGGACGGGCCAGAGGCAAGAAUGGAGUGAGUCCCGGAAUGAACCCUGGG